AUGGAUAGCGAGGAAACGAUGAAUUCUAGUCAAACGAAUCUGAUGAUUCGUGUGCCUUCUCAAACAUUCAAAGAUCGUCUAAAGAAAUGUCUCGGUUUGCCCAAAACAAUCCACGGAGACUAUACUGAUAAUGAACAAUGUGUAUGGCCUUCGAAUAUUCUUCUCUGUGCGACUGUUUUUCUCGAAGAUGCAAUCAAUUAUCAAUCCAUCUCACAUAAAGUUACACGAAACUAUCUAUCGAUCUACCGAUGGUUCGCAAGUCCGUUGAUUAAAAAAUUGCAUCAAAUCAUUCUCUGGAUGAAUCUCUGCUUAGCAUUAUUCGAACCGCCAUCGUCAUUUAGUAUUACAUCUGAUGUUCGUGACCAACCAAAUCGCAUUACCUUUCCGUACUACGGACUUCUCGCUGUUGAAGGUGUGACACUUCUGUGGUUUCUAGCGUACAUAUGUACAAAAAUCAUGUGUAUUGGUGUCAUACAUACUCGAAAACGAUUUUGGAUCCUCUUAUCAACGAUUACUGUCAUUUAUUCACUGUGUGAAUGGUUUGGAUUGUUGAUAUUUGUCAGUCCGAUGUAUCGAGGUUUUCGUCUUCGGCGGAUCUUUCGCCCGAUAUUUAUGAUCGAAUCAUCACAAUUGAUGAAAAAAGUAUUCAAAGCUGUACAUCAACAAUCAUUAACUAUCAUAGCAUGUAUCACGCUGACAUUCAUUCAUGUCCUCUUUUUUGCUGUCAUGGCUAUGUAUCUAUUUCCAAAAUCAGAUAUCCGACCCGACUCACAAAAUACAACUUAUUUUGAUACUUUGCAUAAUUCUGUCUUUGAACUACUUGUAUUGUAUUCCACUGCAAACAAUCCGGAUAUUAUGAUGCCAGCGUAUUCUGAUCGACGUCUGAAUUCGUUAUUCUUCAUCGUCUUUGUCAUUAUUGGCAUCUAUUGGUUGCAAAAUAUCAUCACCGCAGUUGUGUAUCGAGCAUUCCGAGGAUAUUUUUUGAACGCAAUUAUCAAUUCUUUAUUACGACGACGCACUGCAGUACAAGGAUCAUUCGAAAUUCUAAAGAAACGCGUCUUAUCGAAUGGUUCAAUCGAAACGAAGGAUACUAUACCAAUUUCACUUGUACAAGCAGUGUUAGAAUCAGUAUUAAUAACAAAAUGGCACUUUGAUCUCAUCAAUCAUAAUUUAAAUGAAUUGCAACGUGUCAACGAAGCGAUUAAUUUGGAGCAAUAUUCUAACAUCAUGCGAUUAUUAGAUCUCAAUCCACGGCUAGCACCUGAUGUUCAAAUUCAAAGAUCAAAUGAAAAUCUUCUAGAUCGAUUGAAAGCUGUUGGACGAUCGAAAGCAUUUGAUUUAAUCGGAACUAUAUUUGCUAUUUUGAGCGUUCUACUUGUCACGAUUGAAGUUGGUCACCGACAUUUGAACACGAAUUAUAGAGAUGUUGUGACGUACCUCGUACCAUUGGCAUAUGUCAAUUUAAGUUUUAUGAUCUAUUUCGUCCUGGAAAUUCUCAUUAAAGCAUGGGCGUACGGCCCAGGUCAUUUCUUUCGUUCAUCAACAAUUCAUGUUCUCGAAGCAACCGUUGCUUUGUCUUGUCUGAUUCUACAAGCUGUUUACAUGGGUUUGUAUAAGACACCGUUGGUUUUAUUAGUGUACACCGAUUUCAUACAACAAGAACGAUCGGUUUUUACGCUUUGGGCAGCGAUCAAAACGUGCAAUAUGCUGUUCAUUUAUCGACUGAUUCGCUUUCUACCAGCGUCAAAAAACAUUCGAAUUAUUGUUGGAACUGUUUUCGAUGAAGUUCGGAAUGGUGGCGCCUUCUUCGGUGUCUUAUUCAGCUGCUACUACGCAUAUUCGUUACUUGGAAUGGAACUAUUUGGCGGUGCGAUUGGAGAACUUUACAAACGCUCCAAUAUUUCAAAUCAAACAGUAUGCGGAAGUUAUCAACAGCUAGAAUAUUGGUCCAACGGAUUUGAUGAUUUUUAUUCAUCCAUGGUAACAUUGUAUCAUAUAAUGGUCGUCAAUCAAUGGUUUGUCUUUGUCAAUGGAUUUCGCGAAGCGACCAAUUCAAAAUGGAGUGAACUGUAUUUUAUCUUUUGGUAUCUGUUUGUGACCAAUAUUGGACUGAAUAUUUGUCUAGCAUUGAGUGGGGAUAUACAUGAUGCAAAAAAGAAACGAGCUGAUCAACAGGAAGAGUUGAUUGUUUCUAAUAUGUAUGAUAUAUACCGAGCUGAUAUAAAAGAACCAUCGCCUGAUCAAAUUGUGCAACGAUUGAAUCAACAUCCAUAUAUAAAUUUUCUCGAUUAUACUUCUGAUAGAUUUAUUUACACUUAA